AGGGACACAGGCUCACAUUGUGAUUGGCUGUCGAACAUUUUAGUUAUUAUAAUAGGUUUACGAAAGAUCUUUCUGUUGCUCCUAAAACAAAUAUUGAAGAGACAUAGGCCUACUUGACAAACUACAUCAGAGUGGUUGAGGUGUUGUUUGCUGUUUCUCGUGAAAUACACCUUAAAAUUUGAUUUAAAGUAUGAUUUACUGGAACUGGAUUGGAAAUUGCGUACACAUACACAGUAUCCAGUUCCGGAAAUGUAGAUUGAUGUUUCCUCCUCACGCACCAGUAGUUUGCUGCUGAGUGUUGUUGUUCGUGAAAACAGCAUUUUGCACGUUAAUGAACAUUCGUGUUUAAUGGCACGGGGUCUGAUCGCCGUGGCCGCUGCAUCGGCAGCUGUCCUCCUCGCCGUGUGCGACCUGGAUGCCGUUAUCGCACAUCUGCUCGCUCUGACGGCGAUUUUUUCCUCAUCUCCGGACGCGCUGCCCUUGUUAAACCAGCAGGACCUGUCACGGUAUGACGGCGAAGUGGGCAGCCAGGGUCUGUACCUGUCCGUGCUGGGGCAGGUGUUUGACGUCAGUAAGGGGCGCAGGCACUACGGACCCGGUGGUGCUUAUCACUUCUUUGCAGGCACAGAUGCCUCCAGAGCUUUCGUUACCGGAGAUUUCACGGAAGGCGGGCAGACGGAUGACUUGUCGGGUCUGUCGCCGUCGCAGGUAGUCGCCCUGUAUGACUGGCUGUCUUUCUAUCAACGUGAUUACAGACCCGUAGGCAGGCUGAUCGGACGUUACUACAGUGAUACCGGCAAACCCACGGAGGCUUUGCGACAGGUGGAGGCUGCCCUGGCCCGAGGACUGGAGCUCAAAGCUGAAGCCGAAGCUGACAGCAAGCGCUUCCCGUCCUGUAAUUCCGAGUGGAGCGCCGCUGGUGGGAGAGUGUGGUGCUCUGAAAAGAGUGGCGGGGUGCAGCGCCCCUGGGCCGGCGUCCCGAGGAAGAUGUUCAACCCCGGAUCCCGGAGCGUUCGCUGUGUGUGUGUGCCGAGCGGCAACCCUGAGCUGUCAGCCAGCGUCGCCCUGCAGGAGUACGAAGGCUGUCCACCGGUCGCAGAGUCCUGCCCCGUCCACAGCUUUUAAACGUUUCAAAAUGGGACCGCGUUUUAUUAACUCUUUAUCCAGCAAAACGUUUCUUCUGGUCAAACUCAGGAGUUUCUACAACUCAGCAAACUGAACUGAAUUUCUCCUUUAUUUAUACAGUGAAUGUAACACGCAGCCUUUGUAGUGGGAUCUGGAUUCAUUUAUAUUGUGAUCGUUAAAUCUGAAAACACAUUUCUGCAUUAUAAAAAUAAGCGGAUCAAUAAGCUGUUCAAGCGCAUUAAACGUUUUUAGUAAACGUUUCUUAUUUGUCCAGAUGGACCAUGACAGUCAGUCAGGGUUGCCAGCUCACGCAUCUGGUGUGACACGCUUUCAGAUCUUUACGCUCACACAAGCAAAUCUAUAUUAUUCCAUUAUAAACUUAAAAGCAGCUAUAUCAUGAAAAGCGUGGGGUAGUUCGCAAAACCUACAGGGCAUUAAAACGACAUGCAUGUGCAGACUUGUCUCGUAUUUAAAAUCUCACGCCAGUCAGCUGGCUAAAAGUUGGCAACCCUGCUACUGACACACAUUUGAGAAAUAUGGGGGGGGGGGGGG